UAGACCGGUGUUUGCUGAAACGGAUGUUUGGUCGUUUAUUGAUGUUGCGAACUUUGGUGACGACACACAACUUACAAAUGAUGGAGUCUUAUAUUAUCAUACUACAUUCGAAAAUAUCAAUUUUGCUUUCUCAUACGGUUCCAUAGAAAAUACAGGUUCGCUUCAUAUCAACACUCAAAAAACAAAAGUAACCAACAAUAAAUUGUUCAACGCGCUUUCUAAUCUAGGGUUAUUUACAUUAUUGACUUCUUCUGAAGGUGUUCCAAACAUAGACAUACUGUUCAUUUACAAUGGGGGCGAAAUUAAUCAUAUUGUCAAUGGCGCGGCAGGUUUGCUUACGGUGGGUUCUCUUCGUAACCAAGGUAUCUUGUGUCUUACUAACGCGCGACUUACCGUUACCCAAGAAGAAUAUUCCAAAUUCUCCACUGGUUUAAUUGUACUUAGUCGAUCCGCUUUCAUUGGUUCAUCGACUACUUACCUGUCCUUUUGCUUUUCAGAUACAACCUCUUCACUUAUGCUUACAGAACCACCCAACCAACCUGUUAUAGUUCACGAUUUUGGUGGACCGCAGAACUGGAUCAUUGCCAGCGUCGGAUCCAGUGGUCGUUAUAAUUACGAAAAUGGGAUGUUAACUAUUACUGGCAACGACUUGUCAUAUCUAUUUAAAAUUGGCGAAGGCUACCUGGGUUCAUUUUUGACAACUAUGGGAGGCCAAGACUUUCGUAUUAUGUACUCCACUAACCCAGGCUCUCAUCCUUGCAGCACCACUUGUCGGUCAUUUCCAAACACAGCGCCUGGCCAAUUCCCCACUGUCACAACUACAACAGAACCUCAAGGUUCUACAGCUAUCCUUACAAUUACCACUUUGAGUGACAGCUGGACUACUAUUACAGCAUAUGUAGAACCCCAGGAAAGCCCUGAAGAGACCACUACUGAUAUCACAACCGAAACUGCUGAAGAGACCACUACUGACAUCACAACUGACACUCUGGAAGAGACCGCUACUGAAAGCACAAGUGAAACUCUGGAAGAGACCACUACUGAGUUCACAAGCGAUACUUCCGAAGAAACCACAGCAGCGACCACAACUGAAACCGCUGAAGAGACCACAACUGAGUUCACAAGUGACGCCACGAGUAUGACCACUCCAGAGACAAUGCCUGAGACGACACCUGAGACCUUUCCAGAGACAACCGCUGAGACAAGUCCUGAGACAAGUCCUUCUACCACUCCAGCAACAACAUCGGGAACUGAUACAGAAAGUACUCAAGAUAUAAUCUCCGAAACGAUUCCUGACUCUACCACUGAGACUACCACAUCAACUGACCAAGAAUCAACUGGCCAAGAAUCAACUUCAGAGCCAUCUCCGGUACCAUCACCAGUACCAUCACCAGUACCAUCUCCAGAUACAUCUUCUGUACCAUCUCCUGAACCAACACCUGCUCCAUCUGUAGAUUCAUCUUCGGUUCCAUCUUCAGUACCAUCGCCAUAUCCAUCUUCUGUACCAUCGUCUAGUCCAUCUCCAACGACAUCUCCAGAGUCAUCACCAGUUCCAUCUCCAAUGCCUUCUCCAGAAUCAUCAAUGGCCUCACCUACUGAUACCUCUACUGCCCCAAGUCCCGAUCCUUCUCGUAGUAGCACAAAAACUACAGAAACAACUCCUACGACCCGUACACCUAUUACCACGGUUACAACAAAGACUCCCUUUAGUACGUCCACAACUUCAACUAUUCAUACAACCGAUACCACAAUUCCAAGCUUUGUUACUGUAACUAGUGGAAUCGCCUCAACAGAUGUCACAAUUGUAGCUUCAGCCAUAACCGUCUUACCAACUGUCCCAUCUACCCUGGAUGAUCCAAACGUAAAUACCCACUCAACCGACAGUACUCGUUCUACAGAGACAAUUGCUGUGUUUGUUACCCCUACAACAGCCCAUGG